AUGUCUGAGAGCACUGCCAAGACUGUGGAUAGAGCAGUAGAGCAGGAGCCUGAUAAGAAGGCGGGCAAGGCUGGGCAGACUGCUACGUCGUCUAGCAAGGAGAAGCGGAAACGUAGAUCGCGAUGGGGUGCGGCACCUACUGAUGAAGAGCAUCAUGAGUCUGGUAGUGACGAAGGUCGUACUAGCAAGAAGACUGCACGGAAAUCACGAUUUGAUACCGCUCCUUCAGCUAUGGUUGUGGGGCCAGGUGGUACGGCUCCGGCUAUUCGACUGGAUGCUGCCCAGAUUGCUGCAGCUGCUGCCGCUGCUAGGUUGGCUAAGGAGCGGGCACAGGCUGUGGCACAGCAACAGAAGUCUGCCUUGGAACUGCAGAGUGAACAGCUGAAUGCUUUGAGGCAUGGACGUAUCGCUGCCGAGGCAGCAGCUAGGGCAGUAGCCCAGGCAGAGGCAAUGCAGAUGAAAGGCUUCAGCAGUCCAGUUGGUGGUGUGGUAUCAGCACCAGUCGCUCUGAGAUUGGAUCAGUAUGGUAGAGAGAUCGACGCUGAUGGCAAGCUUGUUCCCAUGUCCCAGCUGCGGCCUCCUGUGGCGAUAUCAACGUUGAAGAUCAAUCAGAAUCGAGCGGCAUUGGAUAUGAUGCGUAGGAGUAAGGCUAAGACUGAUGACACAUUGGGAAGUGGGAUGAAGCUGGGCAAGACACGCUCUGGUGCUACUCGUGAUCGAUUUUUCGAUCCGACUGUGCAUGUUGCCGGUGCGGUGAGGAAGCCUAGGAUGGGAUUUAACUUUAACGAGAGUGGCACAUGGACGAAGAAGGAGAUUGAGAUGCAGAAGCAGGAGGGUGUUGAACCUCUACCUGCGGUUGUUGAGAAGGAAGAAAAACUUGAGGCUGAUGGUGUACCAACAGCCGCUACACUAGCCAUCUCCCUGGGGGUUACGGUUAGGAUCCAUCCCAGAGAGGCCCCACCCACAGUGGAGUGGUGGGACCAGAUAGUAAUUGAUGCUGGUGGUCCUAGUAAGGUUAUAUCAUCUUAUGUGGAACAUCCUCCACCGGCUCGUUCGGCAGCUCAGCCACACAAACAGGAGGGCAUGGCUCCCUUGACACCGGCUGAGCGUAAGAAGUUGAGGAGGUUGAGGAGGAAGGAGAAAGCUACUAAUAUGCAGGAUAAGAUCAGAAUGGGUCUUAUACCGCCACCACCACCGAAGGUCCGCAUGAAGAACCUCAUGAUGGUGUUGGGCGAUGAGGCUGUACAGGACCCAACUGCUGUGGAGAAGCGUGUUAGAGCUGAGGUUACUGCUAGACGGGAAGCACAUGAGAAGAGGAAUGAGGAACGUAAACUACCACCUGAGGAGAAGAAGUUGAAGAAGGCAGGGAAGUGGAUCAAUGCUCCUGAGACUGAAACACAAGUAGGUGUGUAUAAGGUUAAGGAUCUCACUUCUAAGCGGCACCAAUUUAAAGUUUCUAAGAAUGCUGAGCAGCUACACUUAUCGGGUAUGGGCUUGGUAGUCAGCCCUGAGGUUGGUAACGUGGUAGUCGUGGAAGGCAGUAGGAAGGCUGUACGACGAUACGACAAGCUGAUGCUUCGACGUAUCAAUUGGAAUGAGCGUGUGGGUAACCGUAGAAGGCCAGGAGAGGAAGAGGAAGAGGAUCCUGAUGCUGCUGGUGGUGUUGAGGAGGAAUAUUCCGACUAUGAUUCUGACACAGAGGGUGUCACUGCUCGUCACUCCGAUGGGUGUGUCCGCAUGUGGCAUGGUGUAGUACCCAAGAGACUAUUCCCUAUGGAGAGGAGUGGUCAGCCAUCGUGGAAGCUGAUACAGGCACCAGGUGAGAGCUUUGCUCGACGUACUCUACGAGAAUACCAUGCUGAACACUAUUGGGAUAUGCUAGCCCGGUUCAGGGAUAAGAGUGUCGAUGUGUAG